GCAGCUGCCCGUGAGCAGGAAACAAGCCCGAGGAAAGCCGCAGGCUCUGGGCCCCCCAUUGUCAUGGAGCGGAAGGUAGCCAGGGAGUUCAGGCACAAGGUUGACUUGCUUAUUGACAAUGAAGCAGAGAAGGAUUACCUUUAUGAUGUGCUACGGAUGUACCACCAAUCCAUGAAUCUCCCAGUACUGGUAGGGGACCUAAAGCUUGUGAUUAAUGAACCGAGUAGAUUGCCGCUGUUUGAUGCCAUCCGUCCCCUUAUCCCAUUAAAACAUCAAGUGGAAUAUGAUCAUCUGACGCCUAAACGAUCAAGAAAACUGAAGGAAGUGAGACUGGAUCGUUUGCAUCCUGAAGGGCUUGGAAUAAGUGUGCGAGGAGGACUGGAAUUUACUUGUGGCCUCUUUAUCUCUCAAUUAAUUAAAGGUGGACAAGCAGACAGUGUUGGGCUUCAGAUUGGAGAUGAGAUAGUUCGGAUAAAUGGGUACUCCAUCUCUUCAUGCACUCAUGAGGAAGUAAUAAAUCUCAUCCGCACAAAGAAAACAGUGUCCAUAAAAGUAAGACAUGUUGGCAUGAUACCUGUCAAAAGCUCUCCAGAUGAGCCUCUUAAGUGGCAAUUUGUGGAUCAGUUUGUGUCAGAUUCUGGGGAGGGGAAAGGCAGCGUUGCUGGGCUCGCUUCAUCUGGAGGAAGGGACAAUAAAGAGAAGAAAGUCUUCAUUAGUCUGAUUGGUUCAAAGGGCAUGGGAUGCAGCAUUUCCAGUGGUCCAACACAAAAACCAGGCAUUUUUAUCAGCAAUAUUAAACCAGGUUCUCUUUCUGCUGAGGUGGGGCUGGAGAUUGGUGAUCAGAUUGUUGAAGUAAAUGGAGUGGAUUUUUCUAAUGUGGACCACAAAGAGGCUGUGAGAGUGUUAAAAAGCAGUCGAACCCUAACUAUCUCUGUUGUAUCAGGAGCUGGGAGAGAGCUGUUCAUGACUGAGGAUGAGAGGCAGCGAGAGGCGAGUCUUCGUGAACAGGAACGCCAGGAGUUACUGCAUCAGAAGCGGCUUGCAUUAGAGACUAACAAACUCCUCAAAGAGCAGCAAGAGAAAGAGAGACAAAGGAAACUGGAGAUUUCUCAAAAGGCUGCAGAAGAAGAAGAAAGAUACCGUAAAGAAAUUGAACAGAUAACAGCAGAAGAAGAGAAAUUUAAAAAGGAAUGGGAAGAAGAUUGGAGGCCUAAAGAGUCACCUAAGCCUGUAAAAACUGUAACUGCAGAUGUACAUCCAGCCCCUACUCCUAAACACAGAAUAGAUUUAAAGGGAGUUGCACAUGACCAACUUGCAGCAGAUGACAUGGAUGGAGUGAUCACGAAGCAGAACAAACAGGGCUUCCAGAAGUAUGUGGAAGAUUUUGACCCCUAUACAAUGUUUCCAGCAGAUCAGAUCAUGGGAAAAGAUGUGCGGCUGUUACAUAUUAAAAAGGAAGGACCAUUAGAUCUUGCAGUAGAGGGAGGCAUUGAUUCCCCAAUUGGAAAAAUAGUAGUGUCUGCUAUCUAUGAGGGUGGUGCCGCAGACAAACACGGAGGCAUCGUGAAAGGAGAUGAAAUAAUGGCUGUGAAUGGCAAGAUUUUAGUUGAUGUGACGCUGACAGAAGCCCAGACAACUCUAGCCAAAGCCUGGAAUGUGGGCGGGGAUUGGAUUGACUUAGUCAUUGCAGUGUCUCCUCCAAAGGAAUAUGAUGAUGAAAUGACUUUUUUUUAAAGUAAAGAAGGUAAAGCUGAAGAAACUAAGUCUGUGCCCCGAAGAAAGCUGCCGAUUCAUAAAUAUCAAAUCAAUAACUUUGCAAAAUCUAUUUUUAUAUGAGAGAAAUAUGAUUUUAGACUGUACAGAGAAUUCAACUGGACUAGAGAGAAACCUCAUAUUUAGACUCUUUGGGCAACUUACGUAAUUUCAUGAUCUUCCCAUAGAUCCAAAGCAACGUGGUUAUAGGAGAAAGAUAAUUUCUGAGAAAUGUUGCCAACGCAAAAUAGUUUAUUCUAUAAAAUCUAUUUUUCUGUAGGGUUUGGGGGCCAAAUUUUGAAAACUGGCCUCCGAAAGUGCACCUGCAGUUUGCCUAGAAAUGUAUAUCAGUAUGCACAGAUGGGAGGUUGAAAAUCAUAUACUUUCUCUCAAGCAGCUUCAUAAGUCAGCUUGGAGGGGGCUGACUGGCAUUUGUACCGUAUAUAUUGUAUUUUUCUAAUGAGGUCUGAGGUGUCAGUCUUUGUAACUCCUCUUAACAUUAAUAGAGAUUAUCCUUGUAAAUCAAUCAGAGUCCAAUUCUGCCUCCCUUACACACACACACUGAAAUUCACCAUUGUGCGGAAGAC